AUAAUUAUUUUUGUUGCUAUUUUUGCAAACUUUUCUUAUUAUUUUUACCUCUAAUUUAUGGUUAUUUGAAUACCAAUUUUAUGGUUUAAACAUUAUUGUGUUUACAAAUGUGAAGAAUACACUUUUUUUUAUCAAAUCGAUUUGGGUUUUUUAGGAUUAUAAUGCAAUUCCAAGGACUCCUUGGAAUAUUGUAUUAGUUAAGAUAAUAUGAGAAUGAAAAAUUAAGAUCGUGUUGGGAGGUUUCAAACAUACUAGAUAGUAGAUGCAUUAAUGCUUUGACCAAUUACGUUAGGUUAGAUUAGGUCUGGCAUUAAACAUUGUUACGACUAGAAGUUAAAUGAAUUUUCUUCUUGAGUAGUAGAAGAUUUAAUGAUUUAAAGGUUUAUAAUUUAAGUUUAUGUUGAAUGUUAAUGAAUUCAUUGUAAUUAACUCGAGAAUUCCUUUGGAUUGGUUUUAUAUCAGUUAUAGAUUCCGUGGAAUUUUAGGUUUCGUAUCCUUACCUUAAACCUUUGGAGGGGUCUAAAGGUUGAGUUUUUAAAAUAAAAAAUUUAAAGUUGUAUUUACAAUUAUCAUCUACGAGACGUUACAAUUAACCCAUAAAAGAUUGACAUGAUUUUGAAAUAUAUUUUUCACCUUACAAACUAAAUUGUUAUCACUAAGAAUGAGUCCGGUUGGACCUGGUUGGAGGUAAAUUAUGGAUGAAUCCAAAGUAUUCGGUUGGCAAUAAUUGAAGUUGAAUUCUAUUGAUUCAAUGUGCAACCCAACCCAAUUCAUAAUUUUUGGGUUGGGUAAUUGGGUAUUCCCAUAAUUUAAACUACUUUGUCCUCUUUCCAAACUAAAUGUUCUAUUUCCAUAAGUAACCUAAAUAUGUUACAUCAAUUUUUUUAAUAAAAUUUAUAAUCAAAGAAACAGGGCUGUUCUAUUUAAAGUCCAAAGGUUUACCCUCGAAUAUAUGAAAUCGAAGUUCAAGUCGAGAUAGGAACAAAAAACCUUCUAUGCCAACUUUAAAGUAAAUACUUAAAAAUCAAAGCUGAAAGACAUAUUUCUUAAAAUUUAGGACACUUCUAAAGUGUGUUAAUGGUUAAAAAUGAUAUUGAAACUAAAGUGUGUUAUGGGUUAAAAAUGAUUUUUUUCAAUAAAAACAAUUAUGGCAGCAUUCAGUAAGAUGAUCAAUGGUAGAUAAAAUUAACAAUAACUGCAACAUAUCUACUCGAACCACUUUUUAUAUAAUCAAUUAGAGCUAGGUUUAAAAUGUCUUUUAUUUUUCUAAUGUUUCUUUCUUUAGAACAAAAUUUAAAAAAAAAAACAAAUUUUUAACUACAACAAUGGAGAAAAUAGAAGAUAUUUUUUUUAAUGGGAAAGGUUAAAGCUAACUUUGCCAAUAUGUAAAUUAGGCAAAGAGCUUUCCAAAAUGGCAUUUAAUUUUCCAUAAAUACUCCAUUACUUUUCCUAAUGUCAACUCCUCUAAAUUACACCUCUAAUCUACUUACCACCAUAAAAUAAAUUCUCCAACAUAAUUUAUAAAAACAAUACUACAAAUAAACAUAAAAAUGUAUAAAUACAGUAAAUUUGGAAAUAAAAGGGCGAAGGGUUAUUAGCAAAAAAAGGAAAAGGAGAAAGAAGAGCAGAAUCCCGUGUUUUGCUUGAAGCCAAGGCUUCCUUCCUUUACCUUUUCUUUUUUUUGCUUUUUUCCGUCUUUCACAAACUCCAUAUUUCACCCAUUUCUAUUAAAACAAAAUGCUUUCCAAUCCUCAAAACCAUCUAAAAAAGCUCUCCGCCGCCGACGAUUGGAUUUCCGAAUCCAUCAAUGGCGGAUCCUUACGCCACGUCGACCUUCAAACCGGAACCAACGGCUGGGCUUCACCUCCUGGCGACCUCUUCUGCAUCCGUUCCACAAACUACUUCACGAAACGCCAGAAAUGUCCCGCCGGCGAUUACUUGCUUUUCCCCGCCGGUAUGGACUGGCUGAAAUCCACUUCUAAACUUGAAAACGUCAUGGCCCGUGAAGACAAUCGUGUCUCUUCAUCUCUCCGUCGUGCACAGUCCGAAGGAAAAUCGUCCAAGAGCUUCAUUUUUGCCGUUAACCUUCAAAUCCCUAACAAGGAUCAAUACAGCGCCGUGAUCUAUUUCGCCGCGAAAGAUCCGAUUCCGACCGGCUCGCUUCUACACCGGUUCAUUCACGGCGAUGAUUCCUUCAGAAACCAGCGGUUCAAGAUCGUGAACCGGAUCGAAAAAGGACCGUGGGUUGUGAAAAAAACUGUUGGAAACUAUAGCGCCUGUUUGCUCGGAAAAACGUUAACGUGUAGUUAUCAUAGAGGUUCGAAUUACUUUGAGAUCGAUGUGGAUAUCGGAAGCUCGGCAUUAGCAAGUGCGAUUUUGCGCUUGACAUUGCAUUAUGUAGAUUCCGUCACGAUCGACAUGGGGUUUGUGUUGGAGGCAGUGACGGAGGAUGAGUUGCCGGAAAGAUUAAUCGGCGCCGUCAGGGUUUCUCAGAUUGAGAUGGCGGCGGCGAUGGAGGUUGAAUCGGAUGCGGGAACGCCGCGGCGGUUAGAGAAUGGGAAGACGGAUCAACGGCGGGAUCAGUUGUGAGUAACGACGAAAUUGAGGAAAAGGAUUUGUGAUUGGAACUCAUUUCUCGGAUUGAAUAUUCUUCAAAACGUAAAUAAAUGAAUCGAAUCAUAAAAAUCCUCAAAGUUUGGAAGUGUUCAAUUCUUUUUUUUUAAAAAAUUAAUGUUGAAUUUGAGUAACAUAAUCAAUAUUUCUCACCAUUAGAUUUUGAUGAAUAUGAUUUUUGUUAGGCUUGUACUAAGUGGAUUAUUUGAUCUCUAAUUUAAAAUUCUUUUUCAAUUGAUUGUUAAUCUAAUUUCCAAAUUUUCGAUUUUAAGUUAGUAUUUAAAAUUAACUCCAUUCUUAUUAUUAUUUCUAAUAAGGUCGUGGUCCUCUCUAUGGAUGGUUAUAGUUGUGGAUUUAUUAAGGAGUGGAUUUAUUAAGGAGUCGGCGCACGUACCCUAGUGCUUUAUUUUAUUGUUAUUAAAUUAUGCUAUAAUUAUGUCACUGUAAAACUACAAGGUUAACAUUUCUUAUGCUUUGUUUAUUGUCUUUAAAACCACAAGGUUAACAUUUCUUAUGCUUUGUUUAUUGUCUUUAAAACCACAAGGUUAACAUUUCUUAUGGUUUAUUUAUUGUCUUUAUGCAUUAUUGCACGAGAUUUUCAGAGAAAUUUGAUUCGUGGCGUUGAACUUGAGUUGA